AUGUUUGCCACGAGGAUGCUGCGAGCCGCCCACGGUGGGCCUAGGCCGAGCAUUACCGGCUUCAACAUGCGAGAAUUCAAGGCUGCUACCGGCCAGCCGCGAUACGAUCCCUGGGAGCGCACUGAGGCCUGGCGCUACGAGGGCCCCUUUACCAGGUGGAACCGAUUCAAGGGCGGCCUGCCUGGCCUGGGCACGGCGACCGUCGCCUUCUCCGGAUACUGCGCCUACGAGUACUUCUUCCUCGAGGACGAGCACCACCACGACGAGGCUCACCACGACGAGGCUCACCACUGA